AUGAAAACUUGUGAGGGCUACUUGUACAAGCGUGAUGGGACCUUCCAGCAGGGAUUAGUCUGUACGGGAGCCAUCCUACCCCCCACGAAUAUCUCCCCAUUAAGCUCAGAAAUAUUUGAUGUCAUCGUCCUAGGAGCUGGUUUCGCCGGAUUGACGGCCUGUCGCGACCUCACCCUCUCAGGUUAUAAGGUUCUUCUUCUCGAUGCCAGAGACCGGGUUGGCGGCCGCACCUAUACAGCCAACGUUGAUGGUCAUCUGUAUGAGAUGGGCGGCACGUGGGUUCAUUGGCAACAGCCGCACGUCUACCGUGAGAUGUCCCGUUAUGGCUUCACCAAGAUGGUUGACAGUAUUAACUCCGACACUGGUUGCAACUAUUCCACGGUCACUGUAAACGGUGAGACCACCCACUUGAACAAAGAUGACGAGUUCAAUGCCGUCACCAAGUCAGUCGAAGAGUUCUGCAACGUUGACGGCGAGUCAGGUCAUCUGAUCAUGCCGUUCCCUCAUGAUCCUCACUUCAAUCCGGAGGUUGCCAAAUACGAAAAGCUGUUAGCAGCUGAGCGCAUGGAACAGGUUCGGUCGAAACUCAACGAUCUGCAAAUAGUUGUACUGGAAGCAGCCAUCAGUGCCUCAUCAGGCAGCAGCUUAGAGAACACCAGCUUCUUCGAAAUUUUGCGGUGGUGGGCUCUGUGCAAUUAUAGUAUCACUGGUCUAUCCGACUCUCCUGAAAGGUACAAGAUCGCGGCCGGUCAGUCGGAGUUUGCACGGGCCUUUUUCGACGAGGCCCUGGCCACUGGCAAUCUAUCGUACUCAUUCGGCACCCAUAUCAGGUCGGUUAAGGACUACGGUAACAUGGUGGCGCUCUUCAGCCGCUCAGGCGAGCACUUCUCUGGAAAGCGUGCAGUUUGCACUGUACCGUUGAACAUCCUCCAUGAGCUCAAGUUCGAGCCUAAUCUCUCCCGAAAGAAGACGAGUGCAUCUCAUCAAGGCCAUAUGAACUUCUGCUCCAAGUACCAUAUUGAAUCGCGCUUCAUCUCUGUCCUCAGCGAUGGGCUGAACCCUGCGGGUAACACUCAGCUGGUCGGUUUCGCUCAUGAGAGUCCGGUGCAGGGGCAAGAGGAAGGCCGAGACGUCCUCGCGACGGCGAAGAAGAUCCAUGAGAUGGAUAUUAAGAAAGUGGUGCGCAUUCUCUAUCUCUAUACAUACUGUUCGUUUACUUACGAGGCAACUUCAUAUCAGGUCUGGCAUAACUGGGUGGCCGACCCGUUUUCCCGUGGCACAUGGGCCAUGUUUCCACCCAACUUCAGCUUCAAAUACCUCGAGGCAUUGUGGCAACGCCACGGCAACGUUCUCUUCGCCAGCGGUGACUGGGCUCUGGGGUGGCGCGGCUUCAUCGACGGUGCCGUGGAGGAGGGAACACGAGUGGCCAAGGAAAUCGCCGUUGAGCUAGGCCACCCACACCCUGUCGCUCCAUCUUCGCAAACCAAAGCAUACAUCAAGCCACUUUUGUAA